AUGAUGCGCGGCCCCUCCUCGGAGUCCCCCACCCUCGCCCCUUCAGCCCCGUGUGGGGCUGGGGGCGCGGACAGACAAGCGUCUCAGCCUCCUCCUCCCCGCCCCUCGCCACAGACCCCGGCGGGAGCUCAGCCCGGGCUUGGGGGCCGCGAGAGCACCCCAUGCGCCCGGGGCCCCUGCGACCCCGGGGAGCGGACAACGGUCCAGUCUACGAGGCACCACUUCGCCCAGCCGUUCCGCGCCCCGCUCUCGGGCGCACACCCCAUCCCUGCAGCGGUCCUGUCGGAUCCCGGUCAGCCCCAUCCCCAGGCGGCGGGUGAACCCAGCCGCAGCCACGCUCCUACCUGCGCGGCGGCGGGCGCCGCGAGGAGCGAGGGCACCGAGCGCCCCGGCCCGAGCCCCGCGCCGCGGCGCGUCUGCCCUUGUGCUGCGGCGGCGGCAGCUGCAGCGACCGCGGCGGGCUGGCUGGCAGACUGGCUGGCUGCCCGGCUGACUCCUCACUGGGGCUUCCUGUAG